UUUCGGUAUAUAUAGAUAAUCGGGAUAGGAUUGACAUCAUUCUGUAGUUUCUCGUCAAGAAGAAUACUUGAAGACAUCCAGCAACAUGUUUGCCUACGCUUGUAUCACCCUCAUCUUUGUAGCAGCCGGUACGGCUCAAGCACAAAAUCCGUCUCCCAACGCUGUAGCGAACAACAUCUGCGUGAAGAGAAAUUCCUACUACAAGGUUGACGGCAGCUGCGACACCUAUGUGGAGUGUGUUGGAUAUGUUGGCGCAAAAAAGGCCUGUCCUGACGGUCUCCACUACAACCCUGCCGCCGUGUGGCCGCAGUACCCUUGUGGCUUUCCCAUGGACGUGCCUUGCGUGGGCCGCGAAACUUUACCUGCCCAAGCUACCGCUGACUGCCCUCACCAGUAUGGAUUCUUCAAGUCCCCUCUGGCUAGCGCUGACAACUGUGGUCAAUUCCGUGAGUGUGUGGGAGGUGUGCCCAUUGAGUUGUCGUGUCCUGUCGGACUCGCCUUCAACCCUGACUCCGGUCGUUGUGACUGGCCCGACAAUGUUCCCUCCUGCAAUAGUGACGUGUUCUUCAAAUUCACCUGCCCCGCGAACAGAGGAAGCUCCUACAGCAAUCACAAAUACGAGGGCAACUGCUACUACUUCUACUCGUGCAUCCUUGGAAGCCCCAGGCUGCUGCAGUGUGACCCGGGCCUGGCUUUCGACCCCGCUUCAGCUCGCUGCGUGGAUGAAGAGCGCGUAGACUGCUCCUCUGGAGCCGCAGCCGUAGCCAGUGCCCCCCAGUAAUAGUGUAUAGAAUUUAAUUAGAAACUAUUUUUUUUAAUAAUACAUAUUUUUUAAGACUCAAUGUAAAUACAAACAGAAAACAGUAAAUAAAAAGUUGAUUGAACCAAAAAACCUAUAGUGCACUUUAUAAUCCUCUAUCGCAACGUACAAAACCCGAAGCUACCAACCCUUAAGAUUAGAACAAACUAUAACAUUAUAUAACAGCAAUAUAACAUGAAGCGUAAAUAACAAAAAACCUACUUGUAUAAAGAAAAUUAACAAUGACACUGACUGACUAAAAUGUAGUGGUUAGUGAUGAGGCGAGUCCGUACUCCAUCACUUUAAUUUGCCUCAUUUUAGUACCAACUAUUGAAAUCGAUAUUAAUAAACAGAAAAAAAGUUAAAAUUCACUAUUUUUUAAUCUUGCAAGAUGCGUCAGAAAUAUUCAAACGAGUUCUGAAUUGCAGUUAGAGUACGCAGAAUUUGAUACUUAAAAGAAAUCGUCUGAAGAUGAAUCGCAAACGUCGUCCUAAUUUGACAUUAAAAAUAUUGUGAAUUCACACAUGAUGACCAAAAUUCACAUGACAACUAAAACCUAUUUUUUGUUAGUUCAGUAUAAACAAGAGCGGUUUCACAGAAGUCAGAAGGCGUACCACUUAAGUAAGCUGGCGAUUUGAUUUGAAAAUGUCUUCGUCGUUAAAAAAUCUAGAUUAAAGCCACAUUUUGGAGAUGGCCCUUAUCGAAGCUAUUUUAUAAGCAUUUUCUCCCAAUUUCGAAAGUGAUUGCCAGCCACAGUUUUAUUAAUUAAUAAGAGAUUCCUCUCUUAUUAUUCUAUAGAAGUUAGUCAAAAGUCAAUUUAAGAAAUUCAUACUGUAGAGUAGACAAUUAGGUAACUAUGAAUGAAUAUUAUGGAAGCCAUUGCUAAUUGGUAAAAGCUUGAUUUUAAGCUUUGGUCGCCGAUUGUGAACACAGAAGGAAAUCAUGAUCUUAGCCUGAAUUUGGAAAUGAAAAGAGUAUUCAUUAAGUCUGAUCGAAUUAAACAUCUGAGAUGUCGUAUGGUUAAUGACUUUUUAGAUUUCAUAUAAGUUAGUGUUUUAAAUAAUCCUAGCAUUUUUCAGCCGGCAUGACUAUUCGGUUCGACAUAAAACUAUAAACAUUCGGUAAAAUUCGUAAGUAUUUUUUAAUCACGAAUGGUUUCACAAAAGCAUUCGUGAAUCACACAAAAGCUUGUCGUAAUUGACGUGGCAAUUCACCAUUCGGGCAGUCAAAAUUAUUAUUUCUUUAUUCUUUAUUGUGUAUCGUUCUACUAGAUGAGUGUCGCGUUAAGGAAUUCUGGCAUUUUUAAGGAUAUUUGAGUGGUAGGUCUCAUUAAAGAUUUUAAAGAUCUGAAUCUGACUGAAUCACAAGACUUAAAACGAUGUUAAAGCCUAUACGCUGAAAUGUUCUAGUGUAUUUAUUACUCAUUG